CUCAAGCAAGGAGGUUAAGUUUAGAAAGUAGAACACAUGAGCCCACCUCUCCGCCCACGCUUCUCUCUCUACUCUCUCUUCUCCAACUAUUUUUUAUUUAAUUUAUUUUUCAGUUAAAUAAUUUCUCUAAAAUUCAAUCGCUUCCAGCCCCAAUUCUCAUCAAUCCCGUACAAAUUCCGAAAUUUAACUUCGAUUCUUCUAGGGUUUCUUUCCCCUUCUCAAUCUUCACUAGAAACCCUAGACACCAAUAAAAAAGCCUCCCUUUUUGUGUGUGUCAGUGUUGCAACUCUUCCACUUCGCCAAUCAAUUGCUGGGCUGACGUUUUUAACACUUAGGAUCCACCGGAGGGAGAGUGAGGCGCAAAGACUUGAAGUUUAGAUUGUACAAAUGGUUAGUUGUUUGGUUUGUUUUUCAUUUUUGUGCUAGAUUGUGUUGUAGAGGUAUAUUUUAUUAGAUUGACAUGGACAGUGAGGUUUUAGAAUUUGAUAUAGGUUUAGGAGGAGUGGGUAGUGGGCGAGAGGGGGAUGAAGGUGUUGAUGAUGAGGACAUGGAUGAUAGUCCUCUUCCUGUUACUAUUGGCAAUACUGGGAGUGGUGAAAUUUACCUUCCUGAAGGUGACCUUUCGGAUCUUGAACCUUAUGAGGGCAUGGAAUUUGAGUCCGAAGAGGCUGCCAAGGCCUUUUACAACUCUUAUGCUCGACGUGUUGGAUUCAGUACUCGUGUCAGCUCCUCUCGCCGUUCCAGGCGUGAUGGAGCUAUUAUCCAAAGGCAAUUUGUUUGUGCUAAAGAAGGGUUUAGGAAUUUGAAUGAGAAGCGCACAAAGGAUAGGGAGAUUAAGAGACCCCGAACGGUUACUAGAGUUGGGUGCAAAGCGUCUUUGUCUGUUAAAAUGCAGGAUUCUGGGAAAUGGGUUGUGUCUGGUUUUGUUAAAGAACACAAUCAUGAGCUGGUUCCCCCAGACCAGGUUCAUUGCCUUCGUUCUCAUAGGCAAAUUUCUGGUCCUGCUAAGACCUUGAUUGAUACCUUGCAAGCAGCUGGAAUGGGCCCUCGUAGGAUUAUGUCAGCCUUAAUAAAAGAAUAUGGUGGAAUAAGCAAAGUUGGAUUUACAGAGGUGGACUGUAGGAAUUACAUGAGAAAUAACCGCCAGAGGAGCUUAGAAGGAGACAUUCAGCUACUUUUGGAUUAUUUGAGGCAAAUGCAUGCAGAGAACCCCAAUUUCUUUUAUGCUGUCCAGGGUGAUGACGACCAGUCUGUGAGCAACGUCUUCUGGGCUGAUCCAAAGGCUAGGGCUAAUUACACUUACUUUGGUGAUACUGUUACCUUUGAUACGACCUACAGGUCCAAUAGGUAUCGCUUGCCCUUCGCACCUUUCACUGGAGUAAACCAUCAUGGACAGCCUGUCCUGUUUGGUUGUGCAUUCUUAAUCAACGAAUCCGAAGCUUCUUUUAUUUGGUUAUUUAAUACAUGGCUUACAGCAAUGUCUGGUCGCCCUCCAGUGUCAAUCACAACUGAUCAUGAUGCCGUGAUACGAUCAGCUAUCACUCAGGUUUUCCCGGAGACACGCCAUCGUUUCUGCAAAUGGCACAUCUUCAAAAAAUGUCAGGAGAAAUUGUCCCAUGUUUUUCUCAAGUAUCCAAAUUUUGAAGCAGAGUUUCAUAAAUGUGUUAACUUGACUGAGUCAAUUGAAGAAUUUGAGUCUUGUUGGUUGUCUCUGGUUGAUAGAUAUGAACUCAGGGAUCAUGAGUGGCUUCAAACAAUUUACCAUGCUCGUAGGCAGUGGGUUCCAGUAUAUCUGCGGGACACCUUUUUUGCAGAAAUGUCCAUAACUCAGCGAAGUGAUAGUAUGAAUUCGUACUUUGACGGGUAUGUUAACGCUUCAACCAAUCUUAGUCAAUUUUUUAAGCUGUAUGAGAAAGCACUAGAAUCUCGAAAUGAGAAAGAAGUGAAAGCAGACUAUGAUACAAUGAACACUUCCCCAGUUUUGAAGACUCCAUCUCCAAUGGAGAGACAGGCAUCUGAGCUUUACACAAGAAAAUUGUUUAUGAGAUUUCAAGAGGAGCUGGUUGGCACACUUACAUUCACGGCAUCAAAAGCAGAUGAUGAUGGGGAGAUCAUUACAUAUCAAGUGGCAAAGUUUGGGGAGGAUCAUAAAGCUUACUAUGUCAAAUUUAAUGUUUUAGAGAUGAAAGCCUCUUGUAGUUGCCAGAUGUUUGAGUUUUCAGGUCUUCUCUGUCGACAUAUACUGGCAGUCUUUCGGGUGACUAAUGUCCUUACGCUUCCAUCUCAUUAUAUCUUGAAACGGUGGACAAGAAAUGCUAAGAGCAGUGUUAUAUUAGAAGAGCGUGCAAAUGAUGUAUAUACCAAUUAUCUAGAAUCUCAUACAGUUCGAUAUAAUACACUACGUCAUGAGGUAUUCAAAUUUAUCGAUGAAGGGGCACAGUCUGUGGACACUUACAAUGUGGCGAUGAUUGCUUUGCAAGAUGCCGCAAAAAGAGUUGCAGUGGCGACAAAGAAUGAUGGGAAAACUACCUUGAUGAAUGGGCGUAUGAGGACCAAAACUGAGGCCAAUCGAGCAAUAAGUAUUAAUGCGAAUCAUCAGGUAGUCUCCAGCCAACCUUUGUCUGAGGAUGAUAUGGACAAAAAAAUUCGAGAACUUACCAAUGAGCUUGAAUUUGCAAGUCGAAAAUGUGAAGUUUAUCGGGCUAACCUGCUUUCAGUAUUAAAAGAUAUCGAGGACCAUAAGCUACAGUUGUCAAUAAAAGUGCAAAACAUAAAGAUUAGUAUGAAAGAUAGCCUAUAAAGAUGCAAUACAAUUUUAAUUUGUAUUUUUUAUUUAUUUUUAUUUUUAUUUUUUUAUUUUUUAUGUCAAGUCUGUACUUCUAAUACUCCCUUGGCAAGGCUUUGUAACAUUUGCCUGCUGAUGGUGUAGAUAUAGGUUAGCCUUUCAAUCUGUUACGUUGUACAGUGUACGUAAUGUCUUUAGAUGCAUAUGUUGCCAAUUUGAAGUUAUAGUUCCUUCAUUUUAAGUUUUAAACUGCUCCAUAUGUAUAGUCAACUGGGCAUUUUUCUUGAUGAACUUGAAGAUUUAUUGGUUGAAAGGCAGUCAUAAAGAUGGCGGCCUUUUCCAAUUCAAUAUCAAUUAAAGCUAAAAGGGUUCUUGUCUGUCAUUUAUUGGAUGUACCUGUC